UCAAACGAGUAGGAACUUUCUUCUUUUUCCAUCUUACAAAACCAACUUUAGAUAGUUAGUGCUCGAAAUCACAUUCGUUACGCAUAAAUAUUCCUGUUCUAAUUGGAAACUGAUUAAAGUCAUUAGCAUCUAAAUCAACCAUACGAGAGCAGAACUGCAUGCUACAUUGGUACACUAAGACGGGAGAUCUACAUACUAAAUACUGAAACUACACAAAACUGAAUGAAAAGUAGAUUAAGAACAUAAAAGGGAAAAUGGUUCUUCAAAGAAUGCUUCAGACUUUAAGAAAAAUUCCUAGAAUUCCCAGAGUACAACCUAGCAUGAUUAAAUGGUUAUCUGCCGAUACAACCAGCGAAUCAGAGGGUGAACGUGUAUUAACUGAACGCUUGAAAGAGAAAUUUCCCGGAGCUAAAGAUGUGAAAGUACAGGACAUUUCUGGUGGCUGUGGUGCCAUGUAUGAGAUCUAUUUAGAGGCGAAUGAAUUUCAAGGAAAACGUAAAGUUAUGCAACAUAGAAUGGUGAAUGAAGCACUUGCCACAGAGAUUGCUCAAAUGCAUGGACUUAGAAUUACAACUGCAGUACCCUCUAAUGACAACACAUGAUUUAAAUAUAGUCUUUCAAUUAUGUCUUAGAAUGAAAUAUCUGAGAGUGAGGAUGUUUAUUUUACAGAUUUCUUUAGUAUGGUGCAACAUUUUCUUGUCAUUAUAUGCAAAUACAAUUAGAAUACAAGAACAUGUACUGAGACAUCUGCCUUUUGUUUCAUACUGAAUCAUUAAACGUAUGAUUUUUAGGCUUUUGGAUACUGUAGAUACACUUAAUUUGGUUACAGUUUUGAU